GACACUGAACUUUCUCUAUUGCCCUCUUUUAACGCAUGUCCAUUCACUGAAGCAUCUCUUUCUUUUAGUUGUGUGGUGUUUUGUCAUGGGUUCGUAUGGUUAGGGUUUUUCCUUCUUUUGCAUGCAUGCAUGGCUAGGGUUUUCCAUUUCCAUUUCCAUUUCCACAAGCUUGUUGCAGAUGAACCGAGUGCUCUAAAUGCUUUGCGGCCAUGGUGAAAGACCGUGGUGGAGACUCCGUGCCAAUCAACCAUGCUGAGUUUAUAUGUCGAACAGUCCAUGAGAGUCACCCCUCUGGCAUUUUCUAUGGAGAAAACCCUAUGGAAUACUCCUUCACACUUCUGUUGGCAGAGGUCACUUUAAUCAUUCUCAUCACUCGCACCAUUCGCUUUCUGCUCAAACCUCUCAGGCAGCCUAGAGUUGUCUCCGAGAUCAUUGGUGGAAUAAUAAUCGGACCCUCCGUCCUAGGUCGGAACAAGACCUUCUCGAAACACAUCUUCCCGGACAACGCAGGCUACGUCUUCAAAAAUGUGGGUUUAAUCGGCUUCGUAUACUUCCUCUUCUUAUCGGGCGUGAAAAUGGACCUCACAACCAUUCAAAAAACCGGUAAAAAGCAAUGGUCCUUAGCUCUCUUCGGAGUCAUCGUUCCAUUCAUCAUCGUCGGCGCACUCGCCAUCGCCAUUCGAAAAUUCCUAGACAAGCAACUCUCCCGCGUCCCCAUUAUUGGUGGCGUGGCCUCCGCAUUCGCCAUCACGUCAUUCCCAGUCCUCUACCAGAUCAUCAAAGAGCUCAACCUCCUCAGCUCCGAGAUCGGCCGAUUAGCACUGUCGACAGUAAUCGUCAGCGAUGUAAUUGGAAUCAACUGCUUCAUUGUUUUCGAAGCAGCGCGGCAAGGGGAGGAGCACCCGAUGUCCGCUCUCUGGUACCUGGUUUCGCUGGUCGGAGUGGGAGUUUUCAUUCAUGGUUUCCGGCAUGCAAUGGCGUGGAUUGUGAAGACGACGCCGGAGGGGAAGCCGGUGGAGCAGGCAUACGUAGUGGCAAUUUUGCUGGCUGUGAUGGGGAUAGGAUUCGUUAGCGAUGUUACGGGGGCGGGGCUGGCGAAUGGGCCGCUGUUGUUGGGACUGGCGGUGCCGGACGGGCCGCCGCUGGGGGCUACGCUGGUGGAGAGAUCGGAGACGAUCAUUGCGGAAGUUUUUAUGCCGUUUUCGUUUGCGUUUAUUGGGAUGUAUACGGACGUGACGUCCAUGAGUGGGCAGUGGUCUAUAUUGGUGCCGCUGAUUGGGAUGGCGCUGGUGGCGUACGUGACGAAAUUUGUUGCGACGCUGCUGGUUUCGAGAUUUUUUGAAAUGCCGAUGAGGGAUGGCCUUACUCUUAGCCUUGUACUGAGCUUGAGAGGUCAAGUGGAGCUUUUGAUUUUCAUGCACUGGAUGGAUUUGGAGAUUAUAGAGAUUCCAACAUUCACAAUGCUGGUUAUACUAUCAACAAUCGUGACAGCAAUAGCCACACCUCUGAUCAGCAUACUCUACGACCCAACAAGGCCAUACAUGGUUAACAGAAGAAGAGCAAUCCAAUACACCCCUCCAAACACAGAACUCAACAUAGUAGCCUGCAUUCACGAGCAAGAGAGCGUGACAGGCUUAAUCAACCUCCUCCAAGUCUCCAACCCAACCGUCAGCAGCCCAUUCCACGUCUACGCCCUCCGCCUCAUUGCCCUCGUGGGUCGUGCCGCCCCAGUCUUCAUCGACCACGAGAACCAACCCCAGGCCGUGGAGCACCCCGGCUUCAGCACCAUCCAACACGCCCUCACACUGUUUCAAGAAACCCGAGGCGAAUACAUCACGUUCCACUUGUUCACGUCAGUCUCGCCAACACGUACCAUGUACCAGGACAUAUGUGAGCUCGCUUUAACAAAAAAAGCGAAUCUCAUCAUAUUACCUUUCAAGAGAGGGAAUUUGGAUAGCCGAACCGAGGUGGUGAGAGACGGGGAGAUUCACUCUGUGAACUCCAAGGUUCUCGCUCACGCACCUUGUUCGGUUGGGGUUUUCGUUGACAAUGGUUCUUUCAUGAACCAUGUAGUCAACCUUUCGAUGAGGCGGUCAGGGCACCAUUUCGCCGUGCUUUUUUUUGGUGGGGCGGAUGCCCGGGAGGCAAUUGCCUACGCGGACAGGAUGGCGGGGAAUGUGGAUGUGACAUUGACAGUUGUUCGAUUUCUUGCGUUUAACGGGGAAGGGGAUGAUGAGAUGGAGAAGAAGCUUGACGACGGGUUGGUGACGGCGUUUUGGGUGAAGAAUGAGGGGAAUAAUAGGGUGGUUUAUAGGGAGGUGGUGGUGAGGAAUGGGGAAGAGACUGUGGCGGCCAUACAGGGGAUGAAUAAUAGUAAGUACUUUGAUAUGUGGAUUGUGGGGAGGACACAGGGGAUUAAUCCAUUGCUGGUGCAGGGAAUGACUAGUUGGAGCCAAAACAAUGAACUUGGUGUAAUUGGGGACUAUGUUGCUUCUAUGGAUUUAGGGGGUACUGCUUCUGUGUUAGUGGUGCAACAGCAGGUUUUGAGAGAAGGUGCUUCCAAUGGCUUGCUAAGGAGAUUUUCAUUUCCUAAAUAGGGAGAAUUACAUCUCAGUGGGAGGAGAAAAAAAAAUUUACACAAAUAUGGAGACGUAAAAAUUCACUUGCAUCCUAUCACAAACCACUUGCACCCCACAUAUUUUUGUAAUUUUUUUGGUCAAUCCCACUAUUCUAAAAUUUCC